AGACACAUCCUCGGGUAACAACCCUGAUGCAUGCAUCUGACUCACAGAAACCCAACAGCUCGGGGAGUAGCAAUUGAAGUGGUUUUGUUUUGUUCUUUCUUUUUUUUUUUUUUUUUUAACUUUUCUUUUUUUGGGCAGCCCCCUCCCGCUUCCUUCCAAAUUGUUUUCUCAGCCUGAUUGAGUCUCAAAUGUGUUGCCUUCAUGUCUUGAACAGCUGGAGUGGCCCUGGACUUGGUGAGCGGACACUGAGCGAGGCUGGACUGGACGCUGGGAGGGUCCCAGACUUCAGGAGGAGCAACCUGGCUGUCAGACCUGCAAUGCUGGGAGAUCAGGAAAGCUAACGCCACUGCAGAUGGCUUCCUGCAGCCUGAGACUGGGACUGUGGCUCCUGCUGCUUCUCCAGGACAUUCAGGGAGCCCCACAGCCACCGUUCACCUCAUCUCAUUCCUGUGACACACUCAAGAAUUGGUUCUAUGAUGAAACAUUAGGGAGGUGCUGUUACCAGUGCCCUUCAGGCUAUGCUAAAAAGAAAUCAUGUCCCAUGGAUCCAGAUGAAGACUGCAUGAGAUGUGGACCUGAGCAAUACCUGAAUCAGUCCCCAAAGCCACGAUGUGAUGCUUGUGUGUUAUGCACCAAAGAAUUUGACCUUGUGGAGAAGGCCCCCUGCUCCUUCAAUUCCAGCCGGGUGUGUGAGUGUCGACCAGGGAUGUUUUGCCAGACUGCUGCUAAGAACACCUGCAUGCGAUGCCAGCGGCACACUGCUUGCAAGCCUGGUUUUGGGGUCAAAAUCAGAGGCACUUCAGAGACUGAUGUUUCAUGUGAGGAAUGCCCUCCUGGGACCUUCUCUGACCAAAGCUCCAGCACUGACGUCUGCAAGCCCCACACGGACUGUGCCAAGUUGAACAAAGUAGCACAAGGCAAAGGAAAUGCCACCCAUGAUCAGGUUUGCACGGACCAAUUGCCCUCCUACCUCACCCCAGACACCUCCUCCAUCAGAAUCACCAAUGAGACAGAUGACUCUGACGUACUGAAGCGUAAUGCAAACCCGGUGACCCUUGCUAGCAUCCUUUCAAGUGCCACAACCGAAAUUCCCGGUUCAACUCCCGAGGAGGAAGCUCUGGCUGGCACUUCUCCCACCUUAGCCAAGGGGGAAACAACAACGAGAGGUCUUGUUUUCUGGGCAGUGGUUCUCUCUGUGAUGGUGCUACCUGUGGGCAUGCUGUCAUUUUGGCAAUGGAAGGUCUGCAAGAAACGGAUCUUCAUCCUCAAACAAAAGCGUUCUGAUCUAGUGGACAAAUAUGCAAAGAUCACACUGACCACUGACAAAUGUCCAGAAGAGGAGGAGUUAACUGACAGGAGCCUCCCUUUGGAAACCAACAACAACAACUUGAUCUCCAGUGCUGAAAAAGCAGGUAGUCCUGUUCUGAGUCUGACUGAAGUGACGCAGAGCAAUGGAAAAGCCCCAGAUGGCCCCAUUGAUUCUCAAGUGAGAGACCACACAAAUAAUCAGAUUGGAAAAAUAUUCAUCAUGAACGCCGAUACCGUUAUUGUGGGGUCUUCAAAAACGCCUGGUAUCAAGAGCUGCACUGCUAGGGGAUAUGAAACUGAUGUUGAUCUCCAGGAAAAGAUGGAAGAGGAGCUGUCAAUGCACUAUCCAGAGCAGGAGACAGAGGUUUUUCCAGGGAAUGAUGUCAUGGUUCCUGUGGAAGAGGAGGGAAAGGAAUUCCAUCACCCCACCACGGCCACUGAGAAGUGAUCGCCUGCUGAGAAGGUGUGUGAAGCUACAGCAACAUCCAGUGACACUAAGCCUGAACCCACACUGAGGGAGGUAAACCCAGAGUGUCUUACACGACCUGAAAACUCACGUAAAGCACCAAAAACAUUCAGCUUAUUUCAUCCAGCUAAUUGAGAGGAUCAUCCAGACCACUGGUUCACAUCAAACACUUUUCCUUGCCCUCCCAGAAUCAUGCUGGAAACAAACUGGAAUCAAAGUUACAGAAUUCAGAGGACUUCUGGAGGCUAAUUCACAGCUUGCUUUGUCUGCAUGAAGGGAUGGAAUUAAAAUGGUUACUCCUAUUAGCUCUGAAAAUUCUGGCUGGGAUUCUGAGUUAAUCUCGAGGCCCGGCCACGUUUCACAUUUGUUCUCCAUUGUACUUUAGGCCAAUCCUUCUGUUUGUUUUUGAGCCUGAUUCGUGUUUCUUCAAAUCUUGAGGUCCCUUCCAACCCAAGCCAUUCCACGGUUCCAUGAUUAUGAAACCAUUCGUAAGUGCAGAAAACAUACUCUUCUGAUUGCAGUCAGACUGGCUGAACGUUUGGAUGUUGAGUGAACUAUGGGUGAAUGGCAAAGCUGACUCUGCCAAAGGGGAAGAGAGGAAGAACUGGUCUUCUACCAAAAAGAAAUAGGCACAGCAGCUAUUUCCUUGAACGUUGUCAAUAUCUGCUUGUUCUAGAAGAACUGUUCGUAUUCAUCACAGUGACACUGAUUUGCAUGUCUGUUCCUCAAAAAUAGUUCUGUUCAGUUUUGUGGUCAGCUGCCCCGUGUUACGCAGUUUCAGGUCUUUUAAUGCUGCAUGUUUGAUAACUGUAAAUGCUGUAGUGCUGACUGUGUUUCUGCACAGGAGCACGGAAAAUGAGCAAGGUGACAAAGUGUGCCUUAAGAGUCAGGAAAAAGGAACCACAGAAAUAAUUUCUUUGUAGUUUAACCCUGGACAGAGAACUGUGAUAACAGCAGUGCAACUUCAGUGUCGUGUCUGAGAGCCAACAAAAGGAAUAGAGAAGCAUAAAAUCACCUCCUUAGGCCCAGGCUCACCGUGCAAGUUGCCUAAUAUUUGAUGUCUGUGCUACUUAGGGAGAGCUCAUAAGUGCAGUUCAUAUCUGCUCUUGUCAUUCCUCCUACUUCUGCAGCAUCAGCUGGAACUGAACUGAGGACGUUGAAGUUUGUCUCAGCCUUUAGUGUUGUUGUUGCCAUUGCUUGGUGUUUUAAUCUCUUUUGAGUUUCCUGGUACAAUCUUCCUCCACAACCACCCCAUGACAGCAGAUUACAGACAGUCACCUCUCACUAUGUAAAGAAGUACUUAGAUAGACAGUACUUUUAAGAUAGACAGUAGAAGUACUAAGAAGUACUUAGAUAGACAGUACUUUUAAGCUGACUGACUGACUGCAGUGAGUGCCACUAGUUCCUGUGUCACAGAACGUAAGGCAAUGCAGUACUGAGUUGCCUUAAUGAUUCUUGCCUGUAUCCUCCCCAGCAUCCAAGCCCGUGUUCCUAUCAUUUUAUAUUUCUUAUCUAAGUUGCUUCAUUGCCUUGGUCAUUUUAGUUGACCUCAUCCUUAUCUUCUCUAACCUCACUAUGUUCUGCUGGAGAUCUGGAGACCUGAACCAUACGUUUAAGAAGAGGAGAUAUAUAUAUGUUGUUGUUGUUCAUAGAAUCAUAGAAUGGCCUGGGUUGAAUGGGACCUCAAAGGUCAUCUAGUUUCAAAUCCUCUGCCAUGGGCAGCAUUGCCAACCACCAGACCAGGCUGCCCAGAGAUGUUGUCCUUGCACAGGUGACUUCAGAGGACCAUCAAAGACAGGGGAGCAUAGGACAAGGGGGAAUGGUUCUAAAGUGAAAAAGGAUGGAAGAAUUAGGUUGGAUAUUAGGAUGAAAUUCUUUACUCAGAGGGCAGUGGAGCCCUGGCACCGAUGCUCAGAGAUGCCCCAUCCCUGGAGGUGCCCAAGGCCACGGAUGGGGCCCUGGACAGCCUGAGUUGGUGGGGGGGAUCUUUAAGGUCCCUUCUAACCUAUGCCAUUCUAUGAUUUUCUAAAUUAAGUCAUUCUAUGAUUUUUCUAAGCUUCUGCAUAAAACUGACCCCAGCACUGACUCCUACCACCCCACUGCUACCUGCUCUCUAUCCUGAAAGACGACUGUUGUGCUGUGCUCUUUCCUUCCUGCUUUUUGAACAGCUCUGACUUUCCUAUCCCGUAAUCUUUUGGGAAAUCCUUAAAACGGCCUUUCCUUAGCUGACUCUAGGAUGACUUAGUUUUAUUAAUGACCUUUAGGUGUGGAGCCUCUUCAGAGGCUUUUUGAAAGUCUUCAUGUGUGACACUGCAUGUCCUUCAUCCAUCCAACCCCAGCACAUAAGGGAAUGCAUGUUAUACAGAUUCUGUGACUGAAGAAAUAAACCAUGAGAAAUUUGUGCCUUCUUGGGCCCACAGCCCCAGAAACGAAGUGGGAGAAUCUCAGCAUUAUGGGACCUCGUCGUUGGCGUCCAGCAAUGGAUGAUCUACCCGCACAUGGGACAUUUGAGAACUGGUUCUAAUUCCAAGUGUUCUUAGUUCCAGCAUUUACUUGAAUUCUGUGAGCCCGGAACAUGAUGUAAUAACA